AUGUCCACUCUCCCCGGAUUGUCUAGACUUGGCCGUCUGGACAAGGACCGUGAGGUCCCCACAAGCAAGAAGCAGAAGUUGGAGCACAUGAAUGCCGAUUCCUUGGCCGGACCGCCUUCGGGACUGGAGAGGAUACUGGCCAAGCUCUCUCCAAAGGAGGUGCUUGCUAGCACGUCUCCCAGUUCCCAAAGCACUUCAACUCCCGAUUUAUUGCCGGCCUCAGACAUCGCGGAUACCUCGGAACUGCUUCGUCUCAAACAAGAGCUGCUUGCCGCAAAUUCCAAAAUAGCCGUCCAGGAGCAAGAGCUGGCUCAAACCCGCGUGAUUAAGCAUACCCUGGAUCAAGCCCUCGGGCCACCCUCCGAAGUUGAUUUUGGUGGCGGUCGUGAGAUUACCGAACAGACCAUCAGCCAUUUGCAGAAUGCGUUCAAUGCCUCGAAUCCCAUCCCGUUCACCCGAGUCCAGGACGCAUGGACCGCGCAAGAUGAUUCCCAGUCUGAUAUUUCGGAUGCCCUGUCGGCAGGGGCCUACAAUCGGGCUCGCGGGCUGUGGUCUCAGCAAGGGCAGCAGUCACUUGGGGUGGGCACUAAUGGAUCGGCCUUUGAUAAUGCAUACGAGGCUCUUCCAGGCUCAAGCAAUUCACUGGGCCAGGACCCCGCCCGAUUCUGGAGCGGCUCGAAUUUUGCAAGUCGUGGUGCUCUUCCGUCCCACAGAGUGCUUUCGGGGCCUUCGUGCGCAUUCCAGUCCCGCCCACCGGGUGAGCAAAUGUGGUCUCUUCCAGCUUCAAAUUUGGGGCCUCGUCGGGUCAUCACCCAGGGCACCCGCGGCUCGCCUUCAUUUCCAGGACCUACCACGCCUUGGGGUGGGUUUCCUACCGGAUCCCUCUGUGAUCAAUUUCCUCAAUUGCCUGUGAAUAGACCAUCGAGCGCGUACCAGCAGCUGGGGGUCUACCCGAUCUCUUAUCAAACGCCGUCCGUUGGGACUCCUCUGUCACCCACGGCCACUGAAUUCACGUCAGCCAGCACAAAUGCUACCUCCUGGGCAACGUCAUCAACUGGCGGAAACUCUAUCCAGACGUAUAUCUCUCCGCUGGAGCCGCUCAACUACCGACGUCUUCUCGACAAGAACGUUUCUUGCGACUGGAAGUACAUUGUGGACAAGAUUGUCUGCAACAACGAUCAGCAGGCUUCUAUCUUUUUGCAGCAAAAGCUCAAGGUCGGUACCACGGAGCAGAAGUACGACAUCAUCGAGGCCAUUGCGAACCAGGCGUAUCCACUCAUGGUGAAUCGAUUUGGCAACUUUCUGAUCCAGCGCUGCUUUGAGCAUGGGACCCCGGAACAAGUUGUUGCCAUUGCCAACGCAAUUCGAGGUAACACACUCAGCCUGAGCAUGGACCCUUUUGGCUGCCAUGUGAUCCAGAAGGCCUUCGACUGCGUCUCCGAGGAACACAAGGCAGUUAUGGUUCAUGAGCUCUUGCGCCGCAUUCCGGAGACGGUUAUUCAUCGAUACGCUUGUCAUGUUUGGCAGAAACUCUUCGAACUCCGCUGGAGCGGAGAGCCUCCUCAGGUCAUGGCCAAGGUCAAUGAGGCUCUGCGUGGAAUGUGGCAUGAAGUGGCUUUGGGGGAGACGGGAAGCUUGGUUGUUCAGAACAUCUUCGAGAAUUGUGUGGAGGAUGAGAAGCGACCGGCAAUCGAAGAAGUGCUGGGCAAGAUCGAUGUGCUCGCACGGGGCCAGUUUGGUAACUGGUGUAUCCAACACAUCUGCGAACAUGGGGCUCCCCAUGACAAGAGCCGCGCCGUCGAACAUGUUCUCCAUUGGGCCGUGGACUACAGUAUGGAUCAGUUCGCCUCCAAGAUAGUAGAGAAAUGCCUGAAGAUUGGAGGAUCUGAGUUCCUGGAGCGCUAUCUUUCUCGAGUCUGCACUGGCCGCGCUGACCGACCCCGGAUGCCGUUGACUGAUAUUGCGGGUGACCAGUAUGGCAACUAUUUGAUCCAAUGGAUCUUGAUGAAUGCCGCAGCUCACCAGCGGGAGCUUGUCGCCGGCCAUAUUCGGAAACACAUGGUCUCGCUCCGUGGCUCCAAAUUCGGCUCUCGCGUCGCGAUGCUCUGUUGCAAUCCAUCUCAUGCCACUCGCCCCGGCCCUGGUGCUGGUAUGCAAAUCGGCCGUUUCAACCAGUUUACCGAGGACAGGCUUUCCACUACAAGCCAAUCAAGCGGGCGCUUUGGUCGUGGAGGACCGUGGGGCUCCAACUAUACCCCGUUUCGUUGA